AUAAAUGCCCUCUAUCGAGUUAAGGAAUUUCCCUUCUAUUCCUAUCUUGUUGAGUGCUUUUUAUUAUGAAACGGUCUUGGGUUUUUUCAAAACCCUCUCCUGCAUUGUUUGAGAUGAUCAUGUGGUUCCUUUGUUCUAUUGAUGCGGUGCAUUAUAUUGAUUUUCUAAUGUUGAAUCACCCUUGCAUUUCUGGGAUAAGCUCUGCUUGAUCAUGCUGCAUAAUCCUUUUAAUAUGCUUUUGGAGUAAGUUUGUUCUACAUUCAUGGGGAAUAUUGGUAUGUAGUUUUCUUGUGUGUUUGUCUUGUUUUGGUGUUAGGGUAAUGAAUCAAGGAGCAUUGUCUCCUUUUUUUUUUUGAAAAGUUUAAGAAGCACUGGAGUCACUUCUUUAAAUGGUUGGUAGAAUUCUCCAGUGACCAUCUGGCUCUGGACAUCCUUUUUUGUGAGGUGUUUAAUUAAUUGUUUGAUUACUGCCUUUAUCUCUUCACUUGUUAUGAUCUGUUGAAGUCUUCUAUCUCUUCUUGAGUUGUUUCACUGUCUUUAGGAAUUUGUUAUCUUGAAAUGUCUUUGCUCUUCUAACGUUCUUCAUUCAAGUGUCUCUAAAGUGGGUGCGUAUUGUAUGUAAGGGGGUACAGAAACCAAUGAAGAAAGAGUUCUAGGAACAAUGGUUUUGUAUAAUUUUUUUUUUUAUUAUUGAGAAAUAUUGCUGAAAGUGGUGUAUGGUACUUAAGUGUGUAUGCUUUACAUGUGAAUUUCCAGAAUUCAAAAUGUAAUUGCCUUGUUGGUUGCUCAUUUACUUGUUUCCUUUUACAAACACUUCUUUUCUUUCCCUAAAGGUGUCUCUGCUACAUGGAAUCACAGAAUAUAACAAGUGUUUCCAAAUUUCUCCUCUUGGGAUUCUCAGAUGAUCCAGAACUGCAGACCCUCCUUUUUGGAAUGUUCUUGUUCAUGUAUCUGGUUGCUGUGCUUGGGAACCUGCUCAUUAUCCUGGCUGUCAGCUUUGACAGCCACCUCCAGACCCCCAUGUACUUCUUCCUCUCCAACCUGUCCUUGGCUGACAUUGGUUUCACCUCCACCACAGUCCCAAAGAUGCUUAAUGACAUCCACACACACCACAAAAUCAUCUCCUAUGUCCAUUGCCUGAUUCAGUUGUCUUUGUUAAACUUUUUUGGAUCUAUGGACAGUCUGCUCCUCACUACAAUGGCCUAUGACCGGUUUGUGGCCAUUUGUCAACCCCUGCGCUACCCAGUCAUCAUGAACCCCCGCCUCUGUGGUCUGCUUGUUUUGGUAUCUUUUUUCAUUAGCCUUUUUUACUCCCAGCUGCACUGCUUUAUGAUGUCACAACUUACCUUCUGCACAGAUGUGGAAAUCCCUAGUUUCUUCUGUGACACUCCACAACUUCUCAACCUUGCCUGUUCUGACACGUCCACCAUUAUCAUACUAGGAUAUUGUAUUUGUGCCAUCUUUGGUGGUGUUCCAGUUUCAGGGAUCCUUUUCUCUUACAUGCAAAUUGUUUCCUCCGUUCUGAAAGUUCCGUCAUCAGGUGGGAAGUAUAAAGCCUUAUCCACUUGUGGCUCUCACCUGUUAGUUGUUUGCUUAUUUUAUGGAACAGGCCUGGGAGUGUACCUCAGUUCAGUUAUCUUGCUUUCUCUCAGGAGUGGUGCAGUGGCCUCAGUGAUUUAUACCAUUGUCACCCCUAUGCUGAACCCCUUCAUCUACAGCCUGAGGAACAGGGACAUCAAGAGGGCCUUGCAGAGACUUCUCAGUAGAACAGCCUAUUUUUAAUACCUGUGCCAUCUUUUUUGGUCUCUCUAUUAAAAAAGGUGGAAAAACCAAAUACAUGGAGCUGGAAAACAUGUUCAUUUAGUCACA